UUGAGAGCGGGAAAGCCGGAGAGCAGGAAGUGUGUAGGAAAUGGUUCAUGGCAGAAACCUGAGGUUGUAAAUAAAAGAGAGAAGGAAGAGAGCUCGUGGAUGCAGUUUGCAAACAGUCGAAAUACUGAUACAACAGCAGCAAAGGGAAACCAGACUCUUGGAGAGUGAGCACAUCCUAACCCAUCCCGAUGGAAGGAGAGACGGUACCAGAUCCCAGGAGAAGAGGCAGCAAAGCCACGCGGAUUGCCCUCGGCGUGUUUGUGAGCAGCACUGUUGUGCUUGGCACCGUGCUUUUCCUGGUUAGCCAAGGCCUUAUAAAGUUUCAGGAGAAGCAACAGUACUGUUUGACUUCAGAAUGCAUUGAAGCUGCUGCUGCCAUUUUAAGCAAAAUAAAUCAAUCUGUAGAUCCUUGUGAGAACUUUUAUCGAUUUGCAUGUGAUGGCUGGAUAUAUAAUCACCCUAUUCCAGAAGACAUGUCAAACUAUGGCGUUUAUCCUUGGCUGCGGCACAAUGUGGACCUCAAACUAAAGGCAUUGCUGGAGAAACCUAUCAGCAAACGACGGGACAGUGAAGCCGUACAGAAGGCCAAGAUCCUUUAUGCCUCCUGUAUGAAUGAGAAUAAAAUUGAAAAAGCCGAUGUGAAACCACUAUUAAGUAUACUGAAGCAUUCACCUUUCCGCUGGCCUGUGCUGGAAUCGAACAUUGGACCUGAAGGAUUGUGGUCAGAAAGGAGGUUUAGCUUAGUUCAAACCCUGGCAACUCUUCGUGGUCAGUACAGUAACUCUGUCUUCAUCCGUUUAUAUGUGGCUGCUGAUGACAAAAUCUCCAAUCAAUAUAUCCUGAAGCUAGAUCAAGCAAGCCUAUCUCUCGCAUCUCGAGAGGAUUAUCUAGAAAACACCACAGAAGCUAAAUCUUACCGAGAUGCCUUUUUGCAGUUCAUGGUUGAUACAGCAGUGCUUCUGGGUGCAAAUGCUUCACGAGCUGAGUCUGAUAUGAAGUCAGUUCUAAGACUGGAAGUUAAAAUAGCUGAGAUCAUGAUUCCAUAUGAGAAUCGAACCAGUGAAGUGAUGUACAAUAAAAUGAAUAUAUCAGAGCUUAGUGCCAUGAUUCCACAGUUUGACUGGCUGGGGUACAUCAAGAAGGUGAUUGACCCUAGACUCUACCCUGAACUUAAAGAUAUAGGUCCUUCAGAAAAUGUGAUUGUCCGUGUUCCCCAGUACUUCAAAGAUUUAUUCAGGAUACUAGAAAAUGAAAGGAAAAAGACCAUUGCCAAUUAUCUGGUGUGGAGGAUGGUUUAUUCAAGGUUAUUUAACCUCAGUAGACGCUUUCAGUAUCGGUGGCUUGAAUUUUCUCGGGUAAUCCAUGGAACCACAACUUUACUGCCUCAGUGGGAUAAGUGUGUGGACCUUGUUGAAGGUGCGCUCCCUUAUGUUGUAGGCAAGAUGUUCGUGAAUGCCCAUUUUCAAGAAGACAAGAAAGAAAUGAUGGAGGAGUUGACUGAAGGAAUUCGCUGGGCUUUUAUCGAUAUGUUGGAAAAGGAAAAUGACUGGAUGGACUCUGAAACAAAAAGGAAAGCUUAUGAAAAGGCGAAAGCGGUUAUGGCAAAAGUGGGUUACCCUCCAUUCAUAAUGAAUGACACAUAUAUUAAUGAAGACAUCAAAACAAUGAAGUUUACAGAAAGUGACUAUUUUGGCAACGUAUUACAAACGCGCAAAUACACAGCCCAGUCUGAUUUCUACUGGCUUAGAAAAGAAGUUCCAAAAACAGAGUGGUUUACGAGCCCAACUACUGUCAAUGCCUUUUAUAGUGCAUCUACCAAUCAGAUCAGAUUCCCAGCAGGAGAACUGCAAAAGCCUUUCUUUUGGGGAACAGAGUACCCCAGGUCUUUAAGCUAUGGUGCCAUAGGAGUAAUUGUUGGCCAUGAGUUCACUCAUGGAUUUGAUAGCAAUGGUCGGAAAUAUGACAAAAAUGGAAAUUUAGACCCUUGGUGGACAACUGACUCUGAAGAAAAAUUUAAAGAGAAGACAAAAUGCAUGAUUAACCAAUACAGCAAUUACUACUGGAAGAGGGCUGGCUUACAUGUAAAAGGCAAGAGGACUUUGGCGGAAAACAUUGCAGAUAACGGAGGUUUGCGAGAGGCUUUCAGGGCAUACAGGAGAUGGAUUGUAGAAAAGAGAGGAGGAGAAGAAGAGCCUUUACUGCCAGGCCUUGAAUUCACACACAACCAGCUUUUCUUUCUGAGUUAUGCCCAUGUAAGAUGCAACUCCUUUAGACCAGAAUCUGCAAGAGAGCAAAUACAUAUUGGAGCUCACAGUCCUCCUCAGUUCAGAGUUAUUGGUGCCAUGAGCAAUUUUGAAGAGUUCCGUAAAGCUUUCAAUUGCCCAGUAAAUACGACUAUGAAUCGAGGUGCAGAAUCUUGCCGGCUGUGGUAGAUGUUUCUUCACAUCUUGUGUCAAGAGGGGUCUACAAUGCAAACUGCUGUAUCUGAACUCAAGCCCACUACUAGAGAUUCAGAAUAACGUUUUGCAAUGUGGAGAGGUUUUAUUUCAGAUGCAUCUUCCUUAUCCAGGUUGAUGACCUGCAUGGAUCUAAUCAUUCUCUAUUCAGAGCCUAGCAAUCUUUAAAAUAGGAGAGAUGGCUUUUUUUUUUAAGAAAAAAAAAGGGAGGGGGAUUUCUCUUACCCAUGAAACUCCUUCUAUUCAUCUGCAGUUGCAUUGCUGUUGAUGGAUAGCUGCCACUAUCGCUUCUAAUUUCUGAUUUAUAGUGUAAUAAGAGGUAAAUGUUAAAUCCAGUUUUACUAUGCAGAAUGUUUCCAUACAAAAUUUAUUCCUUCUGGAUGAAGAAAUUCAUGAGACCCGCUACAAAGCCAGCUCUGAUCUGUUGUGUGAUACAGUGUUUUCAUAGCUUACCCUGUCACUGCCCAGCAUGCCAUAAAUGAUGUGGCAUGAUGUAAAGACACAAGAUUUUAUAUAAAUUCAGUUUAAUAUGUGAGAUUAGUGCCUCAGGUUUUGGAACAGUUUCAAGCUGAGAAAGCACCUCAUGGUUUCCAUCUGCAAGAACUAAACAAAAAGGAUACUUGCCAGAUCCUGGCCUUUUCUAAGUUUAGAACAACUUAUGGUAAAAAUCAAUAUAUGGUGAAAAUUAGAGUCUUUCAGAUGGAUUUCCCAGCAGUGUGAUACCCAGGAACAUUAGAACACUUAUUCCUGUUCACAGUGUGGGCAUUUCUUUCCCCACAGGGUGAAUUUAAUACGGUGCUGAAGGUAAGCAUCAUGUAAAUUUAUUUUUAAGCCUGAAAUACUACACCAGCCUUAAUUUUGGGAUAGUUUAGUGUCUGGGACUUAAAGAGGAAUAUAAGUAAUGUAGACGCUUGUCAUCAAAUUCUGUACAGGACAGGGUCACAUGUGCUUUUAAGGAAAGAAGAAUAUGGGACUGAAGAAGAGAGUACCAGCAGCAUUUCACUUGAUUGAAUCAAAAGACCUGAUUAGAAGCAGAGCAUUUUUAAAUAUGCCAUUUACACAGGCCAUUUUUUUCAUCUGAUUUCUAACAGUAUUCACAAAAAGCAUACUUUAAUGCAACGGAAAAACGUUAGUACUCUUACUAAGCUUAUUACAAAGGGAAAGAAAACAACAAAAUAGCCCUCUCUUCUGCAAAAGAAAGAUACACAUUUAACUGGUGUCUAUUUAUACCUUGUGCCUUAAUUCAUUUUUACAUGGUGGAAUCAUUUUAAAUGGAAAAAGAGAGUUUCUUUAGAUUGACUUAUUUGCUGCCAAAAACUGUGUGUGUGUGUGUGUGUGUGUGUGUGUGUGUGUGUGUGUAAAUAUAUAAAUUCUCCCAUUAAAUAAGUUUUAUUUUAUCAGCAUAGAAAUGUUAGUAAGGUGAACAUUUUUGCAAGGAUUUGUCAUCUAUUUUCUAACAAUCAGAGUGGAUAAGGGCUCAACUGAAGCUAAGUUUUUGCAAAUGAGGUUAGUUAACCACUCUUCUUAAAGAAAGGAGACAUCAUGGAAAUAUAAUUUAAGGAAAGAGUUAGGCCCUCAAACUGCCUUCCAGGGAGAAAGGAACCGAGACUCCUGAACUCAAACCGUUGCCAUUUUUUAGAAUCACAAUAUUAUGCUGUGGAACUAGGAUUUUUCUUUCAAUUUUUCCCUGAAAAUGUCAAACUUUUCUUAAGAGGAAAGCAUCUUUACUCCCUGCAAGACAGCUCUAUUUCUGAGUUCCGUGGUUUAUAGUUGGUCACUCGAAUUGAUGCUACUAAUUAUUUUCCUGGAGGUAUUUUUUCAAAUAAACUAUUUGAUUGGUGGAAUUUUUGCAGGCCGUUCCCUCAUACAAGCAGUCAUGACUCUUGAACAAGGUAAUACCGUUUGCCUACUAAAAGGAAAGUUCCUUAGCAAAUUGAGCACCACACAGAUUUCAUUUCUGCUCUCAUUUGAGCACUGAUAUGACUUAGUGUUGGCUUCCUUGCAUAAGUAGCACAAAGUUCAGGGAUAAAAUCCUGGCCCCGUUAGGGGCGGUAUGAAUACAGCCAAUGUCCUCAAAAAGACCAAGACAUCUACUCAGAUACUUAUCUAAACUUUCCACAUUACGAGAGUAUGCAAAACCAAUUUCACAACAGUCAGCUUUGAGUUUUCUAAUUUUAUCUCUUGGGUCAGAGAUACAUUCAAAGGAGUUUUUCUCUCAUGACUUUUCCAAUGGGACAGAUCCUGUCAUCUUGUGGUUUAUGGAGCCGUUACGCGGUACUGGCUACUGGUUCCUCCUAAAAUGCCUUAUGUUCACUGCCUUAAAUGUCACACGAAUGUCCUUGGCUGGGGGCUGCGUGAGGCCAGGGGAGAGAGGGGGCAUGGACAGAUUUUGGAUCCUGGUUUGAGGAGCUAAGAGGAAGCAUACAUGCAGCCAGGAAAAUCAGAAGCCCUUGCUGCUGAUGCAUGCAUUCAGUGGUAGUACCCGGGUUUUGCAAAUCCCUGCUUAUCAGCUCAGGUUUUCAGUGUCCUGGGCUUCAGUCUUACAUAUAGCAGUAGGCAGAGCUAUAUGCCAGUGCGAGGAACUAGGCUUUCUUCACCUGCCUGUUUUUUACCUCAAACCAAACAGCUGAUACUGCAAAUUUCAGUUCACUUUGGAGUCAGUUAUUUAAAUACCAGCUGGAAAGUGAAGCAAAAGGUAAUUAAACUCAUUCUUAAAACAGAUUCAGCAAAGACAGCUAAAACACAGCAGUGCUUUGUGAGGUCUCCUCCCAUUAUCUCUAUUUCAACAGACUCCCUGACCCCGCUCUGUUUUUACAUUGUGCUUUCUGUGCCUAUACGAGCAAUGCCUUACUGAAAUGCUAUCAAGCUCAUUUAUUACGUCUAUCCCAACAGAUCCUUCAUCAUACAUAUUCUUCUCCUAGAGCUUUUCAACUGGAAUUUUUUAAAUUACCAUUAAUUAUUUCAGCACUCUUUAAGCAUGUUGUGAAAUGUUUCUUCCUGUUGGUUCAAUAAUCUUAUUAUCUUCCAGUGGUUGGGAGGGGAAGGACAUAUUUACCUGUGUGAAUUUGAAAAGAUUUUUCUCUACUGGGUAGACAUGAAGAAACAACCCCUACUCCUGUCCCACAUCUCCUUGCUUGGGUCCUGAAAAUAUCCAACUCUUUUUUGGCCCAACUUUGAAAAAGCUAAAACACACCAUCUUACAUGCUGUGAGUAUUUCUGCUGAUCUGCAUUGUGCAAGAGUAGCUCUUCACACGAGGGUCUCUCUGAAAAGGUGGCUGUGCUACUCACCUGUGUAAACAUGUAUACAUGUACAUGUAUACAUGUAUAAGUGCUACAUGUAUAAGUGAUGUCUGAGCUGGGUCUUGAUGCUGAAUGACCAAAAAACCCAGUUGUAUUAUACAGCUCUGUCUUGUGCCUUGUGCUGGGGAACUUCAGCAUAAUUUAGAUAGGAAUUCUAUCAUGACGCUAAACAUUUGAAAUAUUUAUACAAUAAUCAGAGGGUUAGGUAUAAUUUUUCCUUGAGUAUUAUGCAACAAUUUACAUGUAUAAAAGUAUAUUUUACAGCAAUGUAAUAUAUAUAUAGAAAUGUCUGCAAAGAAAUAUUAAAAACCUUAUGAUUCAAGAGGCAGAGCCAUAAUGAGUUAAAAGGGCUUUUGCGUUUAUGUCUUUUUAAUCUGGAUUUUUAUUUCACUAGUCAGUCUACCGUACCUCCUAACUUUUCUUCUUGCAUAAGUACUUGAUUGACUGUUCUAAACACAAUUGUGUUAGCCAGUAAAAGCCAAAGUGAUGAAGAAUUUUCCUGCACAUGCAUUAUGGCAAAAGCUGCUUGGGCUAUCACUGUCCAACUCUACAAUGUUACU